AUGGAUGAGGAAAGUCAUCCGAGGGAGAGAUCUGAUGCUCAGCCACGCUCACCAGCCAGGACCCGAGCUGCCACCAAUGCGGAUUAUAUCUCACCCAUGAGAACAUCCGUUGAGAAUGGCAGUGGUACCCGGCGAUAUAGCUCAUACUCUCGCGCAGCGCACGCAGGCAAACCCACCCUAGCUGGACCUGAUGGAACACCCCAGUUGCGGUUGGCCCAGGAGCCCUUCGUACAGCCGGGGUACGCCGAUUUAAACCCAUCUUAUGAACAAGCCUCCAACGCCAGACCAGUCUGGUCUCUGGCAAAGCCGUUACCCCGCGUGGUGCGGCCGAGCAUGGUGCCCACCAAGGAUGAGCUCUUGCAGAACCUGUCAAAUGCCCAGCAUCCUACGGAGAACUCACAAAGACUCGGGCUUGACGUGGACCCAAAUGAUAUUGAGCAGGGUCGCAUUGAUAAGUUUACCGACCCGCGUAAGAUGGCUGCCCAAGUUGAGGAUGCUCGUCUGCAGCGUGAGAAUAAUUUCAUGAAUAAGAUCCUCACUGGGGAUGGCACCUCCGCUAGACAGACUUCGCGCAUGUCGCGUACCUCCUCGGCCAGGGGAAGACGCCCUUUGGCCUGGGAUCUGGCCCCAGAUCAACUGUCGACUGUGCAGGAAGGAGAUUCUCCGGACAACGAUGCAUCAGAGGAGCGGCCGGAGCUCGAUGGUGAUCAAUUGGAGAAUCAAAACCUGGGUGCAACACUGGACGCACUCUUGGAUAUUCCCGAGCUGGAGAAGGCAGUGCACAACAACCACACCACCUGGUCGGUCAUUCGUACGCACCACCGUGAGGUUCUCGCGGAGGGCCUGGGUGUGUUUGCCCAGCUCACUAUGGGUUUCUGUGUCAACUUGUCUGUCACCGUUGCUGACCAGGGCAAUCCCAACACAACCGCCUGGGCCUGGGGCUUGGCGACUAUGAUGGCCAUCUACAUCUGUGGUGGUGUUUCCGGUGCCCACCUCAACCCCGCCGUGACCAUGGUGUUGUGGUUCUUCCGUGGCUUUCCCAAACGCAAGAUGCCCGAGUACUUUGCUGCUCAGUUCAUUGCUGCCUUUUGCGCUGCUCUUGUUGCGUAUGGAAUCUAUUACGAAGCCAUUCAAAACUACCUCUACCACAAUCCGGACACCGGUAUUAUUAACAGUUUUGUGACGAAUUCGCGUGCAGCUUGGGUUGGUUCUACCACAGCGUUCUUCAAUGAGUUUAUGGGUACGGCCCUUUUGAUCGUCACCAUUCUGGCCCUUGGCGAUGACCAGAAUGCUCCACCUGGUGCUGGUAUGAAUUCACUGAUUAUUGGGUUGGUCAUUACUUGUCUGAGCAUGUGCUUUGGCCACCAGACCGGAGCGGCAUUCAACCCGAGUCGGGACUUUGGUCCGCGGCUUGCGCUUCUCGCCGUCGGCUACCCUAACACUCUUUUCACUGACCCUUACUGGUUGUAUGGGCCUUGGGUUGGGGCCCUGAGUGGUGGGUUUGUGGGCGCUUUCCUAUAUGACUUCUUCAUCUUCACCGGUGGUGAAUCCCCCCGUCAACUACCCACUUGA